AUGUUCCUUAACCCACAAGGAUUAUUAGAAGAUUCAAAUUAACCCGAGCUUCUCAAGGAGCAAGAAAAGAGAAAUGGACAUUCCUCCUAUAAGGAAUCAAUUUUCGCCAAUACAAAUUUUGAAAAAAAUAUGUCUUAUUUUCAUAUAAUGGGUAUAAUUUACAUUAUAUAUUGACUAGGUCAUGAUGAACCACAUGCGAUAAGAAGAAGGCAAAUACUCUAAAAACACCCAGAAAUUAAAAUUCUUUUUGGCCCAGAUCUAAUGUCAGCCUGGCUUGGAGUUGGCAUUGUAUUGGCUCAAUUUUGGUGUAUCAACUUCUUUGCAACCACAAACUGGUUGUGGUAUCUAGCUUCAUCAUACUGCAUCGGAGCAGUUUUGAGCCAUGCUCUGCAUGCUUUAAUGCAUGAUUUUACUCAUUACUUGUGCUUUGAGAGUAUGUAAUACAAUAAAUUGAUGGCCAUCUUCUUAAAUUUUGGUCAGGGAGUUCCAUCUGCAAUUACUUUUGGAAGGUAAAAAUAUUUUUUAUUUUAAUAAGAUAUCAUUCAGAUCAUCAUACAUAUAUGAAUUUACCUGAUUUAGAUCCCGAUUUGCCAUCCUAAUGGGAGAUAGAUCAUGUAAAAGGACCUCUCCUUAAAUUUUUGUUUAUGCUUUUUUUACCCUUAUUCUAUUCACUUAGACCUAUGUUUAUCAGACCCUUGGUACCAAAUAAAUAUGAGAUAUUAAACCUAGUAUCAAUAAUAAUUUCAAAUUCUUUGAUUUACAUUUACAUGGGACCAUCUGCUUUGGGAUGGUUAAUACUUUCAACCUAUUUUGGACUAAGGUAAUGAUUAAAUUAAUAUCCAUUAGUAUUCAUCCUUUGGCUGCGCAUUUGAUCACUGAACAUUAUGAAUUCAUCAAUAGAUUAGAAACAUAUAAUUAUCUCGGAAUUGCCAACUUUUUAAUUUUAAAUUUGGGAUAUCAUACAGAACAUCACGAUUUUCCAAACAUUCCUUGGUCAAGAUUACCUUUAGUUAAAAAGAUUGCCCCUGAAUUCUACGACUAAUUACCAUAUCAUACAAAUUACACCUUAGCUAUUUUGGCUUACAUCUUUGAUGGAUACAUGGGACCAUUUUCAAGAAUAGUCAGAAAAGAGCUCAAGUUAAAUGGAAAGACUAAAUGA